AUGAGCGGAAAACUGACUGCGCUUGAACUCGUGCUGACUUUCCUCACGAUGUUCGGACCAGUAACGAAGGAGAGUCUGGCGGCUGUAUAUGUCUUGUUCGAAGCUGUCCUUGCAUAUGACUACGCCAAGGGCAAGUUCGACAAGGACACAGUAAAGAAAGUGUGCGGAGUGGCGGACCAUCUGAUUGCGAUGGUGGAACUGUAUGGGAUGGAGUGCGAUAUGAAGCAAUUAGCAACCCCGGGAGGCCGGCGCGCUAUUCUGAGAGUGAUACUGGGCCCAGUGGUUGAAGAGCUUGGGCUCGAGGGUUUGGAGCAGAUCCGGGAAGAUGCGCCACUCGAUGAGGUGCAAGAUAUGCUGGCGGUAUGGUCAAAGCAAGCCAUCAAGGACGGGCGGUACCAAACUCGCGUGUAUGCAUGGACCGGUCUACCCAUAGAACUUCCAAGUGAGGAGGACGACGCAUCGAUUUCCACCGCAGACGAAGCAAUUAUUGCGACUGUGACGAAGCCUUGCCCCCUCGGGCUGGAGAUUAUAUUCACAUUCUUGACUAUGUUUGGUCCAGUGACCGAAGAGAGCAUUGCGGCGACUGGAGUACUCUUUGAUGCUAUACUCGGCUAUAGCGAGGCUACAGGAAAAUUUGACAAAGCAACGGUGAAGAUGGUUCCCGGCGUGAGCAAGGAGUUGUGCGCACUGGCUCGACUUUAUGGGAUCAGAUGUGAGCCAAGGAUUCUGGAUACGCCGCCUGGCGCGCGAGCGAUCCUGAGGGAGAUUUUGGGGUCGAUCAUUGAAGAACAUAGUCCGGCGGACUUGGAGGAGGUACGAAAAGACGCAGACGAAACGAUUGCGAAUAUCAUGUGUGGAUCGUUAGAACGAGUUGAUAUGAUAGUCACUGCAUGGGCGGCAGCUGCAAGAGAAGACGGUCGGUACCAGGCGCGCGUAUUCGCUUGGACUGGCAAACCCAUAGAUGGAUACCAGCAAUGCCAUGGAACCGGGCUCCCUAUUGUGACUAUGGAUGAAGCCGAACUUGCAUAUGGUGCCAUUGCCAGUGACAAGGCUGAAGAAUUCAAUAACAACGAUAGCAAUGUGGAGCUGGUGACGGUGCAGGCACUAUUCGCGAUGGACAUACUACCCAAGCAAGAGGCUUCAUUUACGACCAUGUUUCCUACUCCUCUGGAUGUUUGCCUUGGACGUUCUCCUAUGCGGUCUACAGAUCUUUUCGGUGCCCCCAGUAGCUAUGUUUCAGGGAGGACGAGGUCUACCAUGAGAAGAUUAUCACCGACUUGUCGGUUCCAGUUCCCCGAUCUUGCAUCCCCUGUACCUACGCUUGAUGGCUCGAUUGGGAGCACGCCAAAUACCGACAUCGGAAGCCCGACCUUUGAGCUAUGGAUGGCGACUUGGCACUCUACGGAAAUGUCAUCCUGGAAGACUGUACUUCAGGACAUGGGCGAAAAGGAGGCGCGGGAAAAGGAGCGAAGUGCAAUGUUCGAGCCACAUGCGGACGCCUGGGAGAGCGAGCAACUAUCCAGUUGGUCGGCUGCCCUCCAGGGCAAUACUGUGACGGAAGACCUUCCCGAGGCUUGCACGGACGUUCUGGAUGAUGAGAGUGGAAUGGCCCCCGCCAAAAACGACAGCAACAGUGGAACGCAACUGCUGAGGACUAUUGGACGAUUACUUGGAUUCGCAUGA